UUCUAUUUAACUGUUGCUGCUUCAAUUCAACUACGUUUAACAUUAAACAAUGGAAUUGGGUAUACAGACCACCUGCAUUCUGAUCUUAUUUCCUUAUCUGCACAGCAGUAAAGUGAGUUAUGAAGGCAUUUACCAGGAGCAGGCCUUACAGGACUAUAGCUACACCAGAUAUCACCCUAUGGAGCAGAUUUAUGAGUGGAUGGAUAAGGUAAAAAAUCAGUACCAGGAUGUAGUGUCUCAGCAUUUUCUGGGGACAACUUACGAGAAGCGACCUAUUUACUUCUUCAAGAUUGGUGAAAAAUCUGACAAGCCCAAGAAGAUGAUCUGGAUGGAUUGUGGGAUCCACGCCAGGGAAUGGAUUUCUCCUGCCUUUUGCCAGUGGUUUGUGAAAGAGAUACUACAAAACUACAAAACAGAUGAAAAGAUAAAACGUUUUCUCCAAAAUAUGGAUUUUUACGUUGUUCCUGUGCUCAACAUUGAUGGAUACAUUUACACAUGGACAACUGAUCGGCUUUGGAGAAAGUCAAGGUCCCCUUCACCCUUUUCUAAUUGUACAAGUGUUGGUACAGACCUCAACAGGAAUUUUGAUUCAGCAUGGUGUUGUAUUGGUGGUUCUAGAAACUGUAGUUCACAGACAUUCUGUGGAUCAGCACCAGGAUCUGAAAGUGAGUCUAAAGCAGUGAUGGAAUUGGUGAACAACAAAAAGAAUGAUAUCCUUUGUUUCCUCACCAUUCACUCAUAUGGGCAGCUGAUUAUGACACCCUUUGGUGAACCAGGCAAGACAGCCAGCAACCAUGACGAAUUGAUGGAAGUUGGACAACUUGCCUCCAGAGCUGUGGAGCAGAAGCAUGGCAUUUCAUAUACAGUGGGGCCACCCUCUGUGGUAUUGUAUAAUUAUACUGGAUCUUCUCAUGACUGGGCUCGGGAUAUUGGAAUUGAAUUUUCCUAUACGUUUGAGCUGAGAGACAAUGGCACCUAUGGAUUUGAACUGCCUGAGGAUCAGAUCCAGCCCACGUGUGAGGAGGCCAUGGCUGGUGUGACCACAAUCGUAGAAUACGUCCACAACAAGCACUUUGGCAGUGCAGCUGCAGCCACCGUAGCUCUGUGGUCAACAGUACUGGCAUCGUAUUUGUCCCUGUUAGUGUUAGUGCAAUAGUCAUGUGCUCAACAAUCAACAGGCCAUUAUGGUAAUAAUAGCCAGCAUAAUUCUCUGUCUUAUAAAGAUUAGAAACAUGAAAGUGCUUUACAAUGAUGUAAAAUUCAAUUAGUUUGUAUCUUCCUGGAUUUGCUUUUCUUGGUCAAGAUAUGUGAAAAGUACACCUGACUGAAGCAGAAAGAGACCUGUUUUAUUGAACUGCAGUUCAAUGUAAUCCUUUUCAAGCUUGGUUUCUAGAGAUUGCUGACAGUGAGGUAAUCUGCUCCAGAGGAUCCACAUUCCAGAACUGUUUUUAACAUCUAGUCCUUUCUCAAAACCGCACAUGACAUAGUUUUAAAGUCAGCGGUAAAUUAUCUAGAUUAAUUACCUCCCUGGUCACAUGCACCACUUUGUCUUCUUUGCUAAACCAUUUAGACAAAGAGGAGAGUUUUUGAUUUGAAAAUAUACCUGAAAACUGUCUUCAUUAUUUUCAGCUGUUUUAAAAAAAAAAAGAUUUUCACUACCAUUAAAUUAUCUAUUAUAAUCUCUUCUUUUAUUGAUGGAAUAUACACAUUUAAUGACGUUACUAUUACUAUUAUUGUAAUAUGUGGAAAGUAUAAUAUAUUGGCGAAAGCCCUUUAGGUCACUCCUACAGUAUACUGAUUAUAAAGAUGUUGUUAUUUUAACAUGACCAGAUUUUUUA